GAGAGGCAGAAAAAAACGGCUCUCAGCAAAGCAACAAGAAGGAAGAGCAAUGGCGACACUGGAUCGCCAAAUACCAAGUCCGGAUACAUUCCUUUGCGAGCCUUGGUCUUCCUUCGUCAGUGCGGCUAAAUUACGUUUUGUUGACUACGCAGACCCGUCCUUGGAUAACAGCGAGAAAGAGCUUUACUGCCUUGGUGAAGCCGUGAAGCUCCGCAGAGAAGAGAUGCUUGUCUACAGCCAGUGCCCAGCACUGGAGGAUUUUUCUCUUGUUGUCUGCCAUGUCUGCAGUAAGGUGGUCACUCCUCAGGGCAUUCUCACACACUAUGAGAAGCAGCACAGCUCCCCAGUCCCCUCCAGGAGUCCUUUUUUGGCCAUGAAGCCCAAAGCAUCCACAGUGCCUCCCGCUGUGGCUCCCAGUCCUGGGGAGACACUGGCGUUCAGGAUACCUAAAGAUUACCCUCACUCCCGCUUCAGCAAGGCUCCACUUGCUGUGUACCCGCCCAAGGGGGCGCGGAACAAGACCUGCGUGUCGCUGCCAGUCGUAAGCCUGGAGAAGAUGCCGUGCCUAAGCCGAGGCGACUCAGCGACACACGUGCGCCUCACAUCUUCCUCUUCCUCCCCUUCCUCGCAUAAGCCUUCAUCCCUCACUACCCAGGCCUCCCAGCGAUUGAGUGAAAAGCUCACAAAUGGUCGUGGCAGCAGCGGACCAUCCACGCCGCGAUCCAUCACGCCUCCAUCUUCUCUAGAUAAGCGGCCCAGUCCAGCUCGCUCCCCGCUGGACAGAAGGGCGGCGUCAACGCCGUCUCCCUCCCCGCUGGAUCGGAAAUCCUCCCUGUCACCCUCACCUUCUCACCGAGCUGUUGCUCUCCCAGCUUUGCCAUCAGUGUCACCGUUGGAGAAGAAGCAACAGAAUGGAACUAAGACUCCCUCCAGGAGUCACAAAAGACUUUCAGGGAGAGUGUUUGAUCCCAACAAGCACUGCGGAGUGCAGGACCCCGAGACCAAACGACCCUGCACACGGUCUCUCACCUGCAAGACUCACUCUUUAACCCACCGGCGGGCUGUCCCUGGCCGAAGGAAACAUUUUGACAUCCUCCUGGCUGAACACAAGGGGCGGGCGAAGGAGAAGGAUGGAGUGAAAGAAAAGGAUAAGGACAAGGACGGAGCGCAGGGAGGGAAGGAAGGCUCCAGCCAGAGUAUUAUAUCUAAAGAGAGCUCGUCUCCCAGCAAGUCUCACUGCCCCAAUGGACGACCUCUCUCCACAUUGAAGCUGCGGCUGGCAAAUGCACACAUACCAAGGGUUCCAGGAGGCUCCUCCACUUCCACCUCAGGUCCUCUGCUCACGGUAGCAUCUCCUGUCCAGGCCCCUAACCCAGAACCAGCUCCCCACAGCUGGGUGACCGCUGCUGGAGAAAGCAGUCGACUUUCCAGCGACGAGGGCGAUGCAGAUCCAGAGGAUGCUGACAGACCUGCUGUUCACUACUCCAGUCAUCACCCGCAGCCUUUAGGGUUUUGCGUAUUCAGCAGCAGGCUGAUGGGAAGAGGCCACUAUGUGUUUGACAGGCGAUGGGACAGGAUGAGGCUGGCACUCCAAAACAUGGUGGAGAAACACCUCAACGCCCAGAUGUGGAGGAAGGUGCCUCUGGCUGCUGAGAGCCUCCUCUCCCCAUCUGGUACAUCCUCCAUACCUUCACAUCAAGCCCCUUCUCCCACCUCUUGUCUGCUCAACUCCCUCCCCAACUCCCUCUCGUACACCGCCACGUUUCCUCAGUCUGCAUCCACAGCUGGGGUGUUUAACAUCCGAGACUCCCCGCAACCCCACACCCAAGUCUUCGCGCAGGGCAAAGCCCGUAACGGCACGCAUAAAGCAAGUCGUCCAUCCAAAGACGUGGAGGAACCCGUAGCGGGAACUAAGAAGAGAAAAAAAACGUCCUACUCUUCCUCCUCAUUUUCCUCUUCUUCCUUGUUUCCCACUGUGGAUAAUUACAAAAGGAACGACAGGAGCUUUCAUUCACAGUUACAAAGCUCGGGAGGGACAGCUGCCUCCCCAGCCAAGAAAAAGGGACUUGGUCAUGGGGAUAGCGAACUUUGGGGAAGCUCAGAGGGCUGGCUAUCUAAAGCUGAUGGCCCUCAAAGCCACAUAUCGCAAAACAGUCGUGAACUUGGCAGCACCAGUAUACCCUACUCACCUAACAGGGAACCAACCUCAGCUGCCCACCAACCAAUGGCUCCUCCCACAGGACCCUUAGCUUAUGGGGGAGGAGCAGAAGGGAGGAAGAGGCGAAGUCCCAGCUCCUACAGAGGAAAGGGCAACAAGCUGAGCAGACUGGGUGGGUUAGAUAGCCUCUUUGGGAAUGGAAGCGAUAGCGGGGGGAUACUAGCUUCAGGGCCUGAAUCCCCAAUACAGGCCAAGUUGCAUCACUGACAGAAACCUGUUUAAUGGACAGAAUGUUGGGCAGCUGUUCAGGCCACCACCGUUUGUGACCUUUGACCUCACCGCUCUUCCAGUUCCAGCACCAAUCAGACUGCUUCAUCAUGUCACAUCUGUUUUAUCCAAAAACAGUUCAGUUCACCUGCUGUGACAGCGGGACUCUGAAGUCUUUGCCCACAGUUGGCUGGCAGUGGCUUCCACCACUUAUCCCUCAGUACGGAUCAUUUUGAUGGAAAGCUGCUCCGCGCCGUUGUGGUCUUUACAGAACAGGAUUUCAAAAACCUUUUAUCCUCCUGAUAAGGGAAUUUUAAGGCACUGUUAAUGACACCACCACUGUUGACUUUUGCAGGGGGAUAACCAGAGUUUAUUUUCAGAAAUCUGAGUGGAAAGAUAACUGUGAUUUCUUUGGGGGAGUUUGAUGUUUAAAGGACCUACUGACACGACUACUGUAGGACUCAGACUUCAGCUAUGCCACCUCAGUGGCUCCACCCCUUUUUUUGUGUUUCUCUAUUUUUUAUUUGUAUUUUUUUUCUUUUCCUUUUGCUUUAAAAAGAGAUGAGCUGGGUUUUAUCCAGCAUUUACCUCUUCUUUAACCUCUUUCUUUCUGUACCAAACAACUUUGUCCAUUUCUCUAUUUACUGUCCCCCUGCCCCCCAAUGUUCCCUGCUCAUCCCAGCAUGCCUGUGUUCAAAGUGCACUUACUGCCCUCAGUUCACCUUCCUUCCUUGUUCGCUGAUUCCAGAGCCAUCUCCAGCAGUGCCACACAAGAACCUGUUCAGACAAGGGAAGAAGAAGACAUCUGUGUUACCAACAACGCUACAUCAAUGCAUUGUAUUUCAAUAUAGGAAGAAGUCAGAUUUAACUUAAGAAUGUUUUUGUAUUUUUUCCCCCUUCGUCCUGGUUUAAACAUUGCAAGAAACUCCUGGACUUGCAUCCAAAAAUGGAAUUAUUGUUAUUAAUAUUAAGGUGUUGGAUGGCGCUUUUUUUGUAUAAUAAUUUAUCAUUCUUUUGUUUUUGUUUUUGACCUUUGAGGGUUUGAGGGUUUUUUUUCAGCAAAAAAAAAAGAUUUCUAUGUCAUUUUGAAGAAAUGUUGAAAGUAUUAUUAUAGUUCAUAUUAUUAAAAAUGUGUACAUAUCUGUUCUUAUUUUUGUAUUUAUUCAUAAUUGUCCCCUUUUCCCAAUUAUGAGGUAGGAGAGAGGGUAUUUUUUAGCUUUCCUGUCUCUUUGUCUCUGUUUAUUAACGAUAAUGAGCUCGGCCUGGUUUCUCAAAACAUUCAAUAAUUAGAUCGUUAGUUAAUAAUCACACAAACCAAUUUGAGCCAUGGCUGCUGUCUAUGUUUACUGUCAUCAAUAGGAAACAACACAUCCUUUUUCUGUUCUUUUUAAAUUUCUAAUAUUAGUUUUAAAUAAUUAUUGUAGUCUGACAGAAAUCUUGAUCUCUGAAACUUUAGAACCAUAUCCCACAUGUUGUUUCUCAUACUACAAAUUAUGUGUAUACACUUUAGAUGCAGUACUGUGCAAGCAUUUAAGGCUCUAAAAGGAAAGUGAAGUAGUCUGGUUCUACUGUGUUCUCGUUUAGAUCCUCCUUUGUCCUGUCAGGAGAUAAUAAGCCCAGAGGUCACAAUUAUUUCAUAAUUAUUUCUUACUAUUGCAAGACAAAAGGCUGGUUAGGUUUUGUUUUGUGAAACCAGGCCCUUAUUUGUAUUUUCAUAUAAAGGGGCACCAUUUUCCCAAUUUCCUGUGGGUUCACCCUUUUUCAUACUUCUUCCAGUGUUCAAAACUAUAGCUAUAUUUUUAAACUAUCUUUAUCUUCCAAGGCCGGUCGGCCUCAUCUCAGUGCGAUUACGCUUGGUUUGUUGUGUUAUGUCGAGUCAGAACUGGGUCAAAAUGUAUCCGCUUGCUUCACAGCUGCCCAGCUCAAGCUAGGUACCGUUUCUUCUCUGGUAGCUCUGUAGUCAUUCCUUUUGAGCCCUCGGUGUCUUUUAUUAGAUGCAGCAUCAGGUGUAAAAAAGCAGUGCUGAUUUAAAAAGACAACACUUACAUUUGAAGGGAAACUAUAUGCUUUUGUUUUCUAUAGCACUGUGUGCCACAGGUUAAAGGUUUCAAGUGUUACAAAGUUUAACUGAGGAUGUCAAAAAAGUCGAGCAGAAAAUGUGAAGAGAUUUUUCUUAUUUCAAAGGGGAUCUCCUGUGCUUGCUUCCAUUAAUAAUUCAAAAUAAUUCAGAUUUUCCUCAUACUGACUUUUAGCUCCUCCCUUUGAGCCAGUUUUCAUUUGAUUGGUGGCCCUUCCCAACUGCAUAAGUAGAAAAAAAACUGUCUAAAAUGGAUUAUAUCAGUCUACGGCUCAAACUUUUGGCUUACAAAGAUUACUUGUUAAUACUAGACUUUGACAGCUAAUGGAGAAAGGCAUAACAGGUCCCUUUUGAAGUGCAGCAGAUGUCGUAAUGGGUCAAAAAACAAACGGCAUAAACCUUUAAAAUGUCAGAGAAGUACCCCCCUCUUUCAUUCAUUGCUGCUGACGAUAGAGCUAACGUAACUGAAAGCAUUUAAAUUUGCUGUUUAGCAGUGUGACUCUCAGAAAUGCACUCGCCUGGUACUUGCCAACUGCUUCAGUGGAAACUAACUCUUUUUGGACUCAUUGGUUGUUUUGUUUAAGCACUAAUGAUGAUUGAAUUGUACAUAAUCAUUUGUAUUUGUGUUACGUUUUUCCAAGUACUCAAAGUGCUUCCCAUGACUGUCCAUCAGCGCGUGAGAUUGUCUACCAGUUUAGAUCAGUUUAAUAGAACCUGCAUGGUAGGCUUUGUUUCGCUGUAGAUACACAUGGUUUAACUGGGUACUGGCUGUGUACAGUUAAAUGGCUAACAUCCCUUUUAUGACAAGAUAAACAAAUCUUUUAAUUUUUCUUCAGUUUUCUUUGCUGUGCUCACACGUUUAAAUCAACAGACAACAACAACCUGAGUUACUGGUUGAAGAAAUAGAAAUGGGAAGUUACGGUCUGUUGCAGCUAAAAUGAAGACAAGGCUCAUGGUUGCUGAUUUCAGAGCAGUUGUAUAUUGUCUUUGCUGUUAAAGUUUGUUUUGUUUUUUUAAACCCUCCCUGUUUCUUUUCUUUCUUUCUUUUUUCCUGUUUUGCACUUUGUCAUUUUGCCCAGAUCUUUAAUUACUUUCUAUUUAUAUAAAUAUUUUAGAUAUUAAAAAAAAUCUUUAUAUUUGUGAUAGUGUUUCUGGCAACUCCAUUAAAAGAAGAUGAAGAGGAUAUUGUUGGUCAGUUGUCCCCCUAAACCAGCGCACUGUUGUUAUUAUCCAAUCCAAACUGUGGUGAAUGUUGAAUGUCUGAAAAAUGCCUUGUUAAGAUUUUGGGGGUUUUAUUCAGUCUUACUGCAGUUGUUUUAGAAAAUUGAUUUUCCACCAAUACAACUUAACACAUGCCACAUGCUGUAAAAAAAAGGAAAAAAAAAAAAGGUCCUGUAUCCAAGCUUUUAUUAAAUGAUUGAAAGUGGA